GAGGAACACAGUUUGCUUCUGCCAGGAAGGCGGGCUCUGGACUACUGCCCCCACCUGGCGGUGCGCCAGGUGCCCUUAGGGCCACAGGACGGUCCCCAGAGUGCUGCUGGGAGAACGAUUCCAGGUGUGGGAGGGGCCAAGCCAGCCACGCCCUGGUCUUACCUGGGCUCUCGGAUUUCCAGCCCUGCUGUAGCGCCAGGGACAGAGACAAGAAUGGAGGCUGGAGGAGGAUCUGGGGAAGGCCCAUCACUGUCAGCCCUACUGAGCAAGCUCCCCAGCUCAGCCACAGUGAGAUACAGAGGGCCGGGCGUCCAUCCCUGGGGAGAGCCAGAGCCACCCCUGGAGAAGAGCAGGAAGGAGAGCUGGUCACAAAGGCAAACUGCCCCCGUGGCAUCCCCUGUGGAGCCCCCAGAAUCCCAGGCCCUUCGAGAGCUGCCCUGGCCCAUAGAAGCCAAGCAGCUUCUGUGGAGGCUUCAAGCACAGAGGCCAACAAAGCCAGAGCCAGGCAUUCGGGGAUCCAAGGGGGCCCUGCUACUGGGCAGAGCUUGGGCUCGCCUGGUUGGAGUCCCAAAGAUGCUGGUACCCUGGAGGACCAUACUGACGAAGAUUGGGAGCCAGUAUGGGGCAGGCACUGAGUCCUACUUUGGACUACUUCGAUUCCUGCUGGGUUUGAACAUUCUGGGGGUCUUGUUCCAAGGAAUUCUGACCCUGCUGCCCCUCCUCCUGUUGGGUUCCAUCCCAGGGCCGCCCUCACCAGGGGUCACUAAGCCUUGUGGCUCCUAUGACCCUGUGCCCCAGGGCCUUGUGGACUAUGCCACACAUCUCACCAACCUGCUCUCGGGAGAGGGUCAUCUGGAGUGGUCCCCCCUUUUCUAUGGUUUCUACCCAGUCCAAUUAACAGGUAGCACCUUCCAGCUGCCAAUCGCCUACCUGUUGUCCACAUUUCUCUCUGGCUUCCUCUGCCUUCUCCUGAUCCUCCGCAGGUCGGUGUCAGGACUGAAGCAGACCCUGCUGAUCGAGUCUGGGGUUCUGACCAGCUACAGUCACCGUGUCUUCUCUGCUUGGGACUUUGGACUCCAGGGCAGCGGCCCCGUGGAGCUCCGCAAGCGAGCGAUACGCUAUGAGCUUCAGGUGGAGCUGGAGGAGGCCUCGAUGAGGAAGCUCGCAGAGGCCCGGACCCGGGCGCAGUGGGCUGGUCUGUGGGUGACUAGGAUAUUGCUCAACCUGCUGGUGCUGGCUCUGCUCGCGGCAGCCUUCUAUGGGGUCUACUGGGCCACGGACCCCGACAAGAAUCUGCAGGAGGAUCCCGUGGUCCAGGCGACCCCGCUGCUGAAGCUGCUGAUUGCCUAUCUGCCGUCCAUCUUCAUAUCCACGGCUAACCUCAUCCUGCCGCCCGUCUUCAGCCUUAUCACCAGCCUGGAGGGCUACACGCGGAGCCGCCAGGUCCAACUCAUCCUUCUCAGGACCGUGGUUCUCCGCCUGGCCUCACUCGUGGUCCUGCUGGUGUCCCUCUGGAAUCAGAUCACCUGUGAGGGCAAGCCCGAGGCUGAGGCCUGCGCCGCGUGCGGCUAUGACUACAACAUACUACCGUGUUGGGAGACUCGGGUGGGACAAGAGAUGUACAAGCUGCUGCUGUUUGACCUGCUGACUUGCCUGGCCGUCCCUCUGCUGAUCCAGUUCCCGCGCAAACUCCUAGGGAGUAUGUGCGGGGGCCGUCUGGGCCGUCUGGUGGAGACCAUGGAGUUCCAGGUCCCGGAUGAGGUGCUGGGGCUGGUGUACGGGCAGACGCUGGUCUGGGUAGGGGGUUUCUACUGCCCUCUCCUGGCGCUGCUCAACACAGUCAAAUUACUGCUCACCUUCUACCUAAAGAGGUUUACGCUCUUCGCCUUCUGCUCUCCGGCCUCUCGCACCUUCCGGGCCUCCACAGCGAACUUCUUCUUCCCGCUGGUGCUGCUCCUGGGCUUGGCCAUCUCGGCUGUCCCCGUGCUCUAUGGCAUUUUCGUGAUCCCGCCGUCCAAGCUGUGCGGCCCCUUCCAGGGCCAGCCGGACAUUUGGGCUGCCAUACCGAAUGCCAUCCAGGGCCUGUCCCAGGGUGCCCAGGACUUCCUUUUCUUCCUGGGGACCCUAAGCUUCGCUGUUCCUCUGAUGCUGGUGUCCAGCGUCCUGAUGGUCUACACCUUGACACUGGCCACUUCCUACGGCCGCCUGGUCUCCAAGCUGAAGGGGCAUUUAAAGAUGGAAAGCGAAAGUAAAGUGCUGUUGGCCCAGAGGAUUGUGGAGCUCAGCGGGGAAGAGCGGGACCUCUGAUCCGCAGGCGGGAGGCACCGGGGCAGGCUCGGGGACGCCGUCCAACUCUCACCCAGCUGGAGCGGGAGGCACGAAGACUACAAGUUCCAUGAAGCCCUGGGGCAGGGGUGCCCCGGGGGCUUCUGGGAGACAGAGUGCCUCGGGCCAGACACCGGAGUGGGGCAAGGAGGGGUGGGGUGAAAGGGACGCCCGGGCUCCCCUGGGGAGCCCAAGCGUUCGAGUCCCAAGGCGAAGCUCUCUCAAUAAAGGUAGUCCCGUC